AUGGAUUAAAAUUUAGUUGAUUAAAAAUUAUUUGAAAAGAAAUAUCAAAAAUUAUAAUAGAAUGCAAUUUAAAUUUAUUAAGAAGAAAAAAGAUCUUCUUUAAUAGAACAAUAAAAUUAAUUGAAGGAUGUCUUAAAUAUAUAAUAAGAGUAUAUACUAGAUGAAGAGGAUAUAGUUCCUUGUAUGACUGAAUUAAAUGAAAAAAAUGAUAAACAAGAGUUAUAUUAAUCAAAAAACAACUUAUAAUAAUAUGAAAAAAAAGAAGUCAUAUUUUAAAUUAAACUAAUCUAUUAAACUCAAACGUAUAUAAUUAUAUUAUAUAAAAAAAUCAUUCUGACAGACUAAAUAUUAUUCAACAACAUUUUCCACAACCUUUCUUUGAAAAUUAUUUAAAUUUAGUUUUUUUUAGUCUAUAAUAAUAAUAAUUUUCUUACAUAUCCUGUUCCUCCUAAUACGAUUAUAAAAUCAUUAGAAAUUAUUUCCAAAGGCUGA